AUGACACGUUUGUGUCGCAUAGCACUGCUACUCAGCGCCGCGGCGGCGUCCACGCCGCCGCGCCUCAAUUUACGCAGAGGGACCGACGCCGAGGGCCGCCGCACGGCGACCGUGUCCCUCCGAGACGUCGAGGUCUUCGAGGCGAGUGAAGACGAGGCCCGGUAUGAAGGAGAGGGCCCGGCCACCACACUCAGUGUCCGCGCGUCGAACGACUCGAGCGUCACGGGCGUCUUCGAGGAGCACUCGGAGAAGGGCCUGACCGACUCCCUGGAGCGUGUCAACGACGCCCUGGACGACCUUGAACUGAUUAUCCCGACGACGGACGGCGAAGGGUAUACGAACGUGACCUUUUCGACGCGAGACCGAGACGGUCGGGAAGCCAGUCAAACAUUGGGUCUGGGCGUGCAGAUCGAGGACGUCGUCGUGCUCGAAUCGAUCACACCGUCGUCGUCGCCCCUUGCUGGAGGCGUGCGCGUGCGCCUCGACGCGCCGGGACUGGUCGAGUCGGUGCGGGGCGACGUCGAGGUCUUCGGAACGUCGGCCUGGGCCUGCGUCUUCGGGGAUGUCUCCACAAGCAUUAGUGAGGACGGCUCCUGCGUGGCGCCGCCCUCCAAUACGAGUGUGGCACUCGCGCUCAGGUCGCCCUCGGGUCAGCACACUAACGAAGUGCCGUUUUCGUACCGAGACCUACCGGACGUGGACGCGCUCGCGCCGGAUCACGGUGCUCCGGGUCUUCUCAUAACAUUGACGGUGCAUAGCGUCGCCGACGCUUCUGACAAUUGGCGGUGUAGAUUCGGUGCCACGGAAGUGCGCGGCACCGCUGUCAUCGGAAAUGGUCUCGUCGAGUCCAUACGGUGCACUACACCAUCACUGAAAGGUCUUGUGGAUGUAUCCGCGUCCUUCGACGGUGUGAGCUUCGGUGCUGGUCAGUUGUUUACUUAUCAAACACCACCACAAGUGGCGGAGGCGGUGCUCGAGGAAGACCAGCUCCUCGUACGAGGGUCGGGGUUCGUGAACACGUCCACCUUAACUUGUCGGGUCGACGGUAUCGAUCAGAGAGCCACUUAUGUGAGUGAGAAGGAGGUUGUCUGCGCCAGUCGCGUCGCGGGCGACUUGACAGUGACGACCGACGGGCGGGCCUUCUCUUCUCCAUGGAAAGUGGCGGGGCGCGCCUCUAUCACCAUCGAGGACGUCUCCAUACGACGCGCGUCCUCGGAAGGCGGUGAGGUAAUGCGAGUGACGGGACGCGGCUUUUCUAAUGGUGUAGAGUGCGCCUUCGGCUCGAACAGAGUCAAAGCCCGCAUUAUUAAUGAGAAGGAGCUGACGUGUAUCGUACCCUCUGUUACAAUGGAGGGGGCGCUACGACCGGCGCCGCUGACGGUGCGCAACGGCGACAUAGUGUCAUCCUCUGUUGCGUUCUACUACUACGCCUCUGUCGAACGGAAGGGGCGCCUUCCCAUCGACACGUUUCCGCUUGGGGAACCGGCAUCUGUCAGAAUCGAACUAGAGUCUCCAUUAGGAGCGCUGUGCGCGGGCUCGUACUGUGCGGCUGAUGGCAUAAAAACACCACUAAGGUGCGACGACGCGCACGGCCACGUCAUAACGUGUAAAAUAGCGCCACCACCAACACCGUCCGUGAUGAAUCUGGGCCUCGUCCACGCUUCUGAUCAGACAUCUGAAAAAAUGUGGUCGCUGCGGUGGUAUUCACCACCAGAGGUACAGGUCGAGCCUGCAACAGGACCCGCGCGGGGCGGUUCUCGACUCAACCUACCUCCUACAGUAACGCACUGCCGCAUCGGUACAACCGUGGUAAAAGCUCCGUGCGCGACGCCCGCGGCGGCACUAGCCGGCGUUAUUGGUGGAGACGCCGCCGUCGACGUCGAAGUGAGCGUUGAUAACGGAAAGCGCUACUAUGGCGCCGGGUCCUUUCGCUACGAGUCGUCGGAGAUUUAUAUACGUGAGGUAAAGCCGUCGUCGGUCUCGACGCGAGGAGGGCGGACUUUAUCAGUGAGAGGCGCCUUCCCGGCCUCCGAUUCGAUAGCGUGCCUGUUUGAUGAUGUUGCGGUGCCCGCGCAACAGUCUCCAGAAGAACUGAAGUGCACCUCACCUUUACUGGCUGACGUGAAGACGGUCUGCCUCCGAAUCGCGGUCAAUGGUAGAGAUGCGGACACGAGCUGCUCUUCAUUGAUUGUGCGGCCGCCGGCCCAAAUUCUUUCCAUAAAACCAUCUACGAUUGUUAGUGAAGCUUCGACGACCGUCGAACUGAGUAUCGGAAAAACGCCGCGAUCUUCAAUAGUGGAAUGCCGCGUCGGUGCUCUUACGGUCGCGGCCUCGUACAUCAAUGAUGAGAGUGUGACGUGCCGCCUGCCGUCUCUUACUGAAGGUUCCUACGACGUUAGUCUAUCAGUGGACGGCGAGACGAGUCAACCGUCGGAAUUGGUCGUCUUCGACCUAGAAUCAAUCAAGGUCAUUCCAGGAAGAGGGCCGAUCAUCGGAGGUUCUCAAUUACAAAUUGAGACGAAUUUGACGGACGUCUUAUGCGUUUUUGCGGAUGUCGGAAGUUCGAACGCCAUUACAACGGAAAAGGGACUGCAGUGCCCCACACCUAGAAGCGAUAAGCCUCAGACGACGGAACUGACCCUUGUGGAUCAAAAGGACGGCUCGCAGCGCUCUCUACCUUUAUCUUUUGAGUUCUACGCUUCGCCGGUCGUGGGCGGCGUCGCCCCAGCAGUGGUCGGCGACGACGACACCGUCACGAUUAGUGGAAACAACUUCCCGCGGGGGCGCGCGCGCUGUAGAUUUGGCAGUCAAGUCAUCGUCGUCAGUGAGGCGGUCUGGCGCGACGGCUUGCGCUGCCGGGUGCCGCCGAGGCACAAAGACGAAGAUAACAAAGCGUCCCGUGCCGUCGAAGUGGCCUUCGAAGGGUCUGACUUCCUGAAGACACGCACGUCGAUCGCCCAUGUCCUGCGACCGCCGUCAUCAAAUGAAGUGACGCAGCUCGUCCAAGGCGCGAUCAAAGAUUUAAAGACAAUACAUCCGUCGUCGGGUUCGCUGUUUGGCGGCACGCCGGUGGACGUCAAGGGCCAACCGGGCUUCAUGGCCAACGUCUCCGGGGGCUACUGCGUGUUUGAUGAUGACGUGGGCACUUUCCAAGUGAUUGAUAAUACGACCGUGCGGUGCCGCGCGCCGUCGGGACGGCAGCCUGGUUCUGUCCAAGUCAUGGUGCGCGCCGGGUUGGAAUUGCACGGCGGUGUGACGUAUGAAUACCGCGCCCCG